AUGGCCCGGCCUUCCUCCAAUGGCCUCGUCCAGGCGAUGCAGUCCCUACGACUGUCCUCGCAAUUCCCACAACGUUCCUUGAUCCCUUCAUCAAGGCAUUUAGCCCGUGCCUAUGCGACAGAGGCAGAGACAGAGACCAACACGGCAAUCCAACCCGAAUCAAUUCCAGAUUUGCCCGUUCAAGCUGCUCCAGAGAUCGAUUUCUCGACUUCUUUCCUUCGCAAUCCGGCCCGAAUCGUUCCCGCCUCUCCAUCUUACUUCUCCGGUAGCCCGCGAUUUGUCGACCACGUCCUCAACCUGGAGUCCCUACAAGCCCGCUACGCCGCCCUCCCUCAAUUGCCUGCCGGCGAGGCCCCCCCGAAUGGCCUGCGGUUGAAUCGAAUUCAGCCAGAGAUGGUCCCCGGUGAAGUCCGCACCGUGCUGGACUCAUUCCUUCGUCCUGGAAACCCGUAUGCUGUGGUGCGCGAGACUCCCGAGUUGGAUGAGAAUGGAAAGGCGCGUGCCAAGGGUAAGCGAAAGGAGUCCAAGGCUGUUGUUCACUUGGUCGAGGGUGAGGGUGAGGUCCUUGUGAAUGGAAAGUCUAUUGUUGAGGCUUUCCCCCGUGUACAUGACCGAGAGAGUGCGCUGUGGGCACUGCGUACCACCGAGCGAAUGGACAAGUACAAUGCUUGGGUUACGGUUCGGGGUGGUGGUGUGACUGGCCAGACGGAGGCUGUUACAUUGGCGAUUGCGCGAGCUUUGAUGGUGCACGAACCUGGUCUGAAGCCAUUGCUGCGGAGAGCCGGUGUCAUUACGGUCGAUGCUCGUCGUGUGGAGAGAAAGAAGCCGGGUCAUGUCAAGGCUCGCAAGAUGCCUGCCUGGGUCAAGCGUUGA